GCUUAAUUGACAUAGGGCGAUGUCACAUGAGAUAUCCUAGUAGGAAUAUUGUAGUUAUAAAGAAUGGUAGGGUUCUUUGCUUGAGCAAUACGGUACCAGUUCUAUAUCCAUCUCUAUUGCAACAGUUUAUCAACCAUAUACUCCAUUGCUCUAUCCGCUAUUUACUCUGACGCUACAUCAUACACAAUGUCCGCAACUGAACACUUGGAUGCAGCCAACUUGGCCUUCUAUGCUCUCUUCUCUCUCCCAGCAAUAUACUGCCUUGUUGUGCAUGGCAAACAUGGCCUCGUCGGCUGGGCUUACGUUCUCGCCAUGUGUGGUCUGCGUAUAGCCGGAAGUGCAAUGUCCCUCAACGCUAUUCACCACGACAAAGUCAACACAACGGCUGCGAUCCUCAACGGCAUUGGUCUAUCCCCCCUUCUUAUGGCUGCCAUGGGCCUGCUCCAUGAAGCAAACCACUUCAUCCACCGCUUUCUCCCUCCUUUCCUGAACCUCUGGGGAUUCCUCAUCACACACAUGGUUGUCGCAGGUGGAAUUGGUCUUGCUGCUGCUAGCAGUGGAAACGAGACAGUUCUUCGUGUGGGGAUGGUUGUCUUUGCGACGGGAUGGACCUUGGUGGCUGUUCUGAUUUGGUUCUCAUAUGGGGCUAAUGCCCACAGCCGUCGACUGGGAGAGGAGAGACAGCUUCUCUCUGCUAUCACUGUCGCCAUGCCCUUGAUUGGUGUUCGCAUCGUCUAUGCCAUCGUAACCGCAUUCACCAGCUCCAAUCUUGAAGGUGGCAGUCUGGCCGUGCGCGUCAUCUUCGGUACCAUCCCGGAGUACCUCAUCAUGCUCAUCUACGUGGGAGUCGGUAUCGUCACUCGCAACCUGGCACGCAGUCGUGUCGAAUACAUCCAGCCGAAGAACCAGGCCGUGCCCGUCUGAACACUCUGACGACUGGUUUACGAUCCUUGAUGUAUAUAUAUAGACUACCUGAAUAUAAUUCUCAUCAUUCCAUUAUAA